GCAUCAAGAUUUAAACACUGACAUUCAAUUACAGUUAACUACAUGAUUCAUGCAAGGUACUUUGUAUAAAGGAGUUUUGGAGCCUAUAAAUACCCUCUACAUAUUUCUAACUCCUACAUCAACAACCACCAAAGUUACUACACAAAAAUGGAGAUAAAGUCCAUUUUCCUCCUCCUCCUCUUCCUCCCUUCCUUAACCUUCUCUCUUUCUCCACCACCACGCCCACGCCUCUGCCACCCAGACGACGAAAAAGUCCUCCUCAAGAUCAAAGAUUACUUCCACAAUACAAGCCUCUUCUCAACCUGGAUCCCACACACAGACUGUUGCAAAUGGCGUAUAGUCUCAUGCAAGAAAAUCCCAAAAACAACCAUCCAUCGUGUCAACUUCCUUGAGAUAGAUGGUGCUGAUGAUCUUGUCGGUACAAUUCCGCCCCUCAUCGCCGAUCUACCUUACCUCGAGACCCUCAUUUUCCGCCUCCUUCCUAACCUCACUGGUCCUAUUCCUCAAGCCAUUGCUAGACUGCCUCACCUUAAAUUUGUCCUCCUUAAUUGGAACAGCCUAACUGGUCCUAUCCCUGAUUACUUUAGCAAACUCCCCAAUUUAGCCACCUUAGGGCUUAAUAACAACCAUUUAACCGGUCCAAUUCCCGCUUACCUCGGCCGCCUUCCUAAACUUCAAGGACUAUCCUUGUACGACAACCAUUUAACCGGUCCAAUACCGGACAGCUUCGGAUCAUUCAAGGCCGGUUCUCAGGUCACUUUGUCCAACAACAUGUUAUCCGGACCAAUCCCAAGAUCGUUGGGCACAGUUAAUUUCAGUAUUUUCGAGGCUGCUGGGAACCGGUUGACCGGUGAUGCAUCGUUCUUGUUCGGGAAAGAUAAGACUGAGUUGGCUCACCUGGACUUGUCGCGAAACAAGCUGUCGUUUGACCUCGGUAAGGUGGUAAUGCCAGUGGGACAACUGGACUCGAAUUUGCUGGUCUUGCGGUUGGAAAAUAACCUUAUAUAUGGAAAGUUGCCAGCUUGGUUAGGCCAAGCGUCAUUGUUGUAUGACUUCAAUGUGAGCAACAACCAACUUUGUGGUCCUAUACCGACAGUCGGAGGGAAGUUGCAAGGGUUUGAUCCAUCGUCGUUUUCGCAUAAUAAGUGUUUGUGUGGUUCUCCUUUGCCCCCUUGUAAGUGAGUAAUUAGUACUCUCUCGGUUACACAUUUAUCAGCCUCAUUUGACAUGGGUCAUUUGUAAGAAAAUGUGUUAAAAUUAAAAUACUAGUAAUAAUGUUGGGUGUUGAACUCUUUUUUGAGUAAGGGUAAUAUGGGAUCCUAUCAAGCUUCAAGGAAAGUUUGUUAGGAUUCUCUUUCACUAAUUUCAGGUAUCGAAACUGAAGAUGAGGGAUGAGCCACAUUUGAAUGACAUAUCCAUCAGCAAAAGAGAUAAGAAGGCAAUGAAAAUGACAUUUCUUGAUCAAA